GUCUGUGAGUUGCAUAGUGAGCUGAAGGUUAUGUUAUCGUUAAAGUUUUAUAUUAAUAUUAUAAUAUUGCCUUUUAUGUUAUUUAUUGGCUUACAAUAAGUUAAUAAUUAGGCCACCAUGUCGCUAAAGGCGGCGCGCGUGAAGGAGGAGUCCGAUACGAUGGCAGACGCAGUUGUCAUUAAGGAGGAGGAAUUAGAACCAGAUUGUGUGGAAGUUCCGUAUGUAGCAAUUGAAGCAGCUAUUGUGGAUGUAGAAUUGGACCCACCAGUCCCACCAGAGGAGCUAUACAGCAAAGACUUAAGCGAGCCAGCGGUGUACUUGGAUGGGCAGGAUGAGCUCCUGAAACCGGAGUGUGAGGACAUGUCCUUGUGUUUGGAAGCAGAUGUGAUCAGUCAGUAUGCUGAAAAUAUAAAGGACGAGCUUGUACUGGAACCAGAGUGUAUUCAACGGGUCAACACAGGCUGUACCAGGCUAUGCAAGGAGAAAUUUAAUCCCAUUUUGACCGACUGUUCGGUCCGAAUAGAACGCUGUGCGGCCGCAGAAAAAGCGCUAAAGGAACAAAUGGCAGAAUUAUAUGGCAAAGAAACUAGAAUGCACUCACAAAUGAGAGACGGACAACUUUUUUGCGAAAAGUGUAAACGGAACGAAAAAUACGAGUUCUGUGAAGCGUGUAAGACGAACAUGAGAGCUCUAAACCAGUUAAGGAAGUUGCGCCGAGAACGAAGUGAAACAGCAUAUAUUUGCAAACUACGUAAAAAAGGAUUCACUUGCAAACAACGUGAAAAAACAUUUACUUGCGAUAUAUGUUGCAGAAAAUUCCAAGAAAGACCCCAUUUGUAUCAGCACAAAUUUCUUAUUCAUGGAAAUGUAAAAUUUCUUCAGAAGAUAAAUAAUCCAACAGGUAAAGAAUUCUACAGCGGAUACUUGUCUCGUGUGUAUUCGGAGAAGACCAUUUGCGGAAGCACCCCCAACUUGCUAAACAUAAACACUACCAAGAUCAGUACGGAAAAAUCGAUUCCGAUCAAAUACAAGCCCGAGACCAGAAAAGUACAGCGGUCUAAAAUUGUUGUCGACUCAGUAAACCCAAAAAAAAUCGUACCUAUCGACCACAAAAAUGAGAAACAAUCCUAUUGCUGCAAAAUGUGCAACAAGGCGAUGAUAGCAGACAAACUCUGUGAUGAUUGUGAGAAAGAAAAGGCUUUGAAUCAAUUAAGUAAUUUGUAUGUGACUAAGGUUAGAGUAAGAGAUGAUAAGUUUGUAGACAAGAAAAUGAUAUCAUGGAUCGAGCGACCACCACGUUUGCCCAGAGGAAAGCGUCAGAUGCGCCGCACAAAAAAACAAAAGCUUAUAACACGCGAAUGCUUCGUUCGGCUGGAGCGCUGCGCGGCUGCCGUGGAAGCCCUACCACUCAAAAUUGUCGCCGUGAAAUCUGAAAUUGUUGCUGAAAAUACAGAAAUCAUGCUACCCGAACACAAUUUGACAUCUGACAAGAGUGAAGAACAUUACCACAGUCUAUGAAACAAUACAGUUUUUCAACGAAGCCGUCUAGACAAGGCCGUGCGGGGUGCGAGGGGUGGGUCGCGCGCACCCGAGCUGCAUACAUCGCCAUUGUUAGUAGCUCGGUACUACUUACAGGGCUAUCGUAAGUUCGGCUCUCAUUUUAAAACUUGCACAUGAGGUAUAUCUAGGUUUAUAAUUAGUUCAUAUAGCUUCAGUUUAUAAAAUAAACGAAAUACAGCAAGAACAAGUUUUUGUAUGAAAAACUUAAAUUCGUUUUUUUUUUUAACUAUGGUAUCUGAAGCUACAUAAACUAAUUACAGACAUAGAUAUACUUUAUAAUAUUGUAAGUACAAAGUUUCAGAGCAAUCUAGCUAGUCGUUUAAAAAGGAGAGCGGAACUACGUUUGUAUGGAGACUGCAAUGUUUUUAACUUUUUAACCGGCAACGUUGACUUUGCCGUCCAUUUUUGAGAAAAAGUCUGUGACAACCCUACUGUAUUCUUGUUACUUUCUAUACUGUGACAUUACUGUAAAAUGUGUAAAACGAAGACACAUAAUACAAAAUUCUGUAAUAAAUGUGAAAGGGAAUACGUACAAAGUUCAUUGAUUUCUAUGCUUGUAAGACCAAAAUAGUAAAGGGUAUAUUUCUUAAAGUAAAACAGUACAGGAAUAAUAGGAAUAUGCAAUGUGAACUGAACCUCCUCAUAUUCCUUGUUUUACAAGUUCCAAGUUAAGUAGAAUAUUAAUCUUGUAUAUAUAUACAGGGUGGUUAAAAAUAAGUGCAUUCCGUUGCCAGGGAGGUUUUGGGAUUAUACUAAGUAACUUUUACUAUGGGACCAACUCCGAAAUCGCGAUAAAAAAUUUACCCUCCCAUAGAAAAUGGACGAGCCAAAAUGUAUGAAACAGCCUAAUUUUUUUACGCGAUUUCGGAGUUGGUCCCAUAGUAAAAGUUGCUCAGCUAGUAUAAUCCCAAAACCUCCCUGGCAACGGGAAUGCACUUAAUUUUUAGCCACCGUGUAUAUUUCGGGGAUCUCGGAAACGGCUCUAACGAAUUUCGAUGAAAUUUGCUAUACGGGGGUUUUCGGGGGCGAAAAAUCGAUCUAGCUAGGUCUUAUAUCUGAGAAAACGUAUUUUUGAGUUUUUAUGUUACCGAGCAAAGCUCGGUCUCCUAGAUAUUUAAGAUAAAUCUAAGACUCUAUUUAUAACAACUAAGUACUAAAUUAAAUAGGUGUGUUUCACACAAAAUGUGCAGUGCCAUU